UAGAAAAAAUCGGAGAAAAUCAAGGAAAUUUUUCUGGUGAAAAUUCACCUAGUAUGGUGCCAUCUACGAGAUCUCCUACCGACUCUCAUAAAUCUGUGCAGAAGUCAUUGUUACCGUCUCUUGUGUGUGGAAAUGUAAAAAAUUCAGAUGAAUCUGUGCAUUCAGCCAAACAGGUGAAUCAAGAAAUGAACAAGGAUAGCAGCGAAAUUUCCGUCUCUUUAUCUGAAGAUAGAAUAAAAACUAAAAAUAUGAAGUUUGGUAGUUCAAAUGAAUCAACGUCAACAAAUAAACAAGGAAAUACUGCCGUCAAACUUAGACAGAUGUCAAAGAAAGUCGUGAAUCAACAAAUACAAACAAACAAACCUGUUGUCAAUUCGAAGACAUCAAAGAAUAAAAAUAAUAAAUGGUCCAUUAUGGGAAAGGCAACAGAUAGCAAUAUAAAGGCUAUUCCUAAAAAAGUAUCUCUUUUUGUUUCAAGGAUCAAUACACAAACAACAUCAUUGGAUUUCAUAAGCAUGGUGAAGCAGAAUUUUGAGGAGGCUGAAAACCACACGAAAGGAACAAACAUGACCAACAAUAAAACUAAAGAUGAUACACACACCUUCCAAGUUUUACAUUUGAAUAUUCAGGGACUGAGUCCCCAUAAGAGCACUGGCUGCCAUUGGGGGUUGCAGACACAUACUGCUCAAGUGGUUGGCACGUAGCUUGCAAUUUCUCAAGAACAAGAAAUAAACGUGGAGGUAC